CGGAGAUGUGGGUGUUGGCAGAUGGAGCAGGCUUCUCCUGCUGCCUGGGCUGGCAAUGCUGCUCACCCACCAGAACCCCCCCUGGGCUUUCUGGUACGGUGAUAUUUCUAGCCUAGACAGCUUCUGGAGACUGCCACUUCAGUGCUUCUGUUGUGUGGUUAUGGGGGUUCACACCUCCUCAAGUAAGAGCCUUUACUGUUGGGGUGACCUGAGCGAGCAGCUGCGGCUGGGAGGUGAGGCACCGAGCCCAGCUGGGCUGUGGUACAUGGAUACUCCUGCUCCUGUAAAGCAGCAGCAUUCCGGGGCAGCUGGGGCUGAAGUGUCCUGGAUUCCUGCUGGCGGGAGCAUUUUUGCCUCUGGCCGGGGGAACUUGCACUACUGGAUGCCACCAGACCAUCAGUUCAGGAUGAUCCCGCGGCACCAGCUGGUGCAGUCUGUGCUGCAGGAGCUGCAGGAAGCCACCGAAUGCUUUGGACUGGAGGGCCUCACCAGUGCGGCGCUGGAGGCAGAGAGAACCUUGUCAUCUUUCUCCCUACCUGGCUAUUGUGGGAGGCAUUUUCAGGAGGAGCUGGAGGUUGACCGGGUAGCCAGGAGCCUCUAUCCUGAGGAUGCCCCAAGUAACAUGCUACCCCUGGUUUGCAAGGGUGAGGGGAACCACCUCUUUGAGGCGGCCAGCGUGCUGCUCUGGGGCAACCCCACCCUCAGCCUGGAGCUGCAGGUGCGUACAGUGGUGGAGAUGCUGCUACACAAGCAAUACUACUUGAAUGGCAUGAUUGACUCCAAGGUGAUGCUGCAGGCUGCCCGCUACUCCCUCUGCACUGAGGAGACCCCAGAGAUGACCAGUCUCCCUAUGGCCAUCCUGGAGGCCAUCUUUGAUGCUGAUAUCAAAGCUACCUGUUUUCCUGGCACUUUUGCCAACAUGUGGCACGUCUAUGCCCUUGCCUCAGUACUGCAGUGUAACAUCUACUCUAUCUACCCCAUGAGCAACUUGAAGAUCCGGCCCUAUUUCAACCGGCUCAUCCGACCCAGGAAGUGUGGCCCGCGAACCUCCACACUUCACAUCAUGUGGUCAGGGCAGCAGCUCUCCCAGCAGGUCUUCAAAGCACAAUACUUCGUGGCUGUGGUUGGCCUGGAAGAGCUAGAACCCACAGUGCCUUCACCAGAACCUCCUGUGCAGCCCAUGAAGACCCUGGAGCUGCUGAACAGUGACCCCCAGCUCACCUACUCCAACCUGCGUGACCGAUACAGCAUUACCAAGAGCACCUUCUACCGCUGGAAGCGCCAGUCUCGUGAGCACCGUCAGAAAGCGGCUGCCAGGUUUGCAGCUAAACACUUCCUCCAGUCCUGCUUUCAGGAGGGCAAUAUAAUCCCCCUCCAGCGUUUCCGGCAAAUGUUUCCAGAAAUCUCCCGAUCCACGUACUACGCCUGGAAGCAUGAGAUGCAGACCACGGUCAAUGGUGAUGCCCCCACUCUGGCUGAGGCCCAUGCUUUGCAGGAGCUUCACAGGGAUGUCCCCAAAAAGGCUGAUGUGGAUGAGCCAGCAAAUUCACAGGGGAGCUUAAGAUCCCCAAGUCCUUCCGUAGACCCCAUCCAAGCAGGAAUCUUCAUGCAAGGAGCCAAAUCCUAUCUAGAGAAAUGCAUUUCCAUGAACACUCUGGUGCCUUACCGGUGCUUCAAGCGCAGCUUUCCUGGCAUCUCCAGGUCCACUUACUACAACUGGAGAAGAAAAGCCAUCAAGGAGAACCCCAACUUCAAACCUCCGCAAUCUCCCUUGGAUAACCAGAAGCCUCUAGAUAUGGGAAAGCCAUUCCUGCAGCUGAAGCCCAGCAGUGUGCCUGUUAGGAAGAGGCUGAAUGGAGACCGGCCAGAACCCAGGAGUCUCCUGCAGCUGAAGCCCUCUCUGUCCUGGAGAAGGCAGCUGCGAGAUGUGGCCAGGAGGCAGGUCCAGCAAUGGCAGCUGCCCUUCUGCAAGUACCGCCUGCGCUACCCGUCUCUCUCCUCCACAGCCUACUGGUUUUGGAAGAGUAAUUGCCAGGCUGUUGGGCAGCGCGACCUGCCCUGGACCAGCUCUGGCCAGCCAUUGAACCGCGUGCCUUCCCUGGCACCUCCAAAAGCAGAGCCAGGCCUUAAGCCCCAGUGCCACAUGGAGGUAGCCACCAAGCACCCAGAUAAGCCAGCUCCGGCCAUGCCAUACAACACCAUUUCAAGCUAUGCCAUGUCGGAGAGAGCCAACAGCCGGAUGUUUGUGAUGGAUAUGAUUGCCACUGCCCAGUUCAAGGCACAGGCCAAGCUGUUCCUGCAGCAGCGCUUUGAGUCGAAGACCUUCCCCACCUACAAGGAGUUCAGUGCCCGCUUCCCGCUCACAGCCCGUUCCACCUAUUAUAUGUGGAAGCGUGCUCUGCAUGAUGGGCUGACGCUCGUGGAUGCCUGAAUGCGAGUUGCCAGCUGGCUUGCCCGCAGCUCCUCUGCUGACAUGCCUUUGGUAGGGCACCGGGGCCAGGGCCCUGCUGUAACUUUUGUUCCGGUUUGGUUUUGUUUUGUUCCUAGUCUCUGGCUUUCUUUUCUGUGUGGUUCAGUCGGGUAUGGAAGCAUCCUGGCAGUGCCCAUUUCCAAAGACAGGAGGAGGCACUGAGCUGCCCCAAAGGAGAGGGCAAUUGGGGUUGUCCUCUCUCUGCUUGGAGGGUGAGUGAGGGAGGCAGUACUGUGCCAGUGUCAUGGGAUGCUGCUAGGCCUCUUGAGGCAGAGGAUGUGAAGGUCUCUCUGCCCCAGGCACUUGCUUAAAUGAGUAAUAUGGAUGUGUAGGAUGAGUGUGGAGGUGCCCAGCAUCCCUUCAGUGAGCAGAACUGUGCUGGCUCAGCCACAUGUAAGGGUGGGAAGUGCUUGGCUUUAUGGGAGAAACAUCUUUGAAUUGGUUUCUAGCCAGCUAAGGACAAAAAAUGCUUCGCCUGGGGUCUGUAGCAAGGCCACCUUGGCUUCCUGGCUUUUAGUACUUGCCUCUGGCUGUGUUGAUCUUCCCUAGAAGGAGCAGAGGCUGAUGGAGGAGGGGACUAGUUUGUGUCUCCACUGAAGUCUGUGUGCUGGGAACGCCAAGCUAGGAGCUGGUGUCCUUUGCAGGCUCUGGACAAGCUGUCCCUGGCCUUUCUGGUCUUGUAGCAAUAACCUUUCACACAAUCCUUCACUUUCUCACAGCUGCCAGCUGCUUUACUUUCUCAGGGUCUCUUCCUGGUGCCUGGGAGGAGACAGAGAGACCAAACCUUGUGUACCCAGUGUCCCUGCAUCACCUCACCAUGCUGCAAGCUGAACACAAUGUGUGUGUGUCUUUGCAGCGAGGCUAGAUGCAUAUAUCUCACUUGUAAGCAACCAAAGCAAUAAAGAGUCUUCCAAUGCUA